AUGAGUUUCCUCAAAUCCGUUUUCUCCGACGACCCCAACCCUUCACCACCCGAAUCCAACAAUGCUCCCCACCGCGAGUCGCCAAGCGCGCCGCGCAGUCCUUCCGCCGCGUGGAAGAAUCUUGGCAACCUAAUCAAAACCCUCAGCCAAAAAUCAGAAACCGUCAUCGAUAUCUACCGCCGCGAUCUUCAUGAAUUCGGCACCGGUUUGAAGAAAGAGAUAGAGGUCGCUCACGGCUCUCUUGAAACGGUGGGACACGUCAUCGAUCGAUUCGGGAAUACCGUGAUUAAAGGAACUGCGCAGAUUAUAUCUCAUGGCAAAGACGCGAUCCUCGAUUCCGAUUCCGAUUCAGACAACAGCAAUAACAGUAAGAAUAAGAAACAGAGUGGUUCAAAUUCGAAAUUAUAUAAUAGAUUUGAUUCUCAGGUUCGUGCGAUUCAGGGUGAUGCUAAGACUUUUAUAGAAGAACCGUUUGAUUUGGAGCGUUAUAAUAAGUGGAAAUUGGAGUUUUCGUUGGAAGGGAAAAGUGAUGAAAUGGAAGGGUUUCUAAAAGAGAAUGAGGCUAUGGAGAGUGUUUAUAAGAGGGUGGUUCCUAAUGUUGUUGAUAGUGAAACUUUUUGGUUUAGGUAUUAUUAUAAGCUUUAUAAGGUUAAGAAAGCCGAGGAUGUUAGGGCUAGGCUUGUGAAGCGAAUGUCGAGGGAAGAGGAUGAAGUGUUGAGCUGGGAUGUUGAAGAUGAUGAUCGUGAUGAUCAUGAUGUUCAUGAUGAUGAUGAGCAUGAUGAUGAUGAUGAGCAUGAUGAUGAUGAUGAUGAUGAUGAUAAUGAUGAGAAGAAUGGGAGAGAUGGUGGUGGGGAUUUUGAUGAUAGUGGUGUCGUGGAAAUUAAGGGAUUAGAUGAUUCUGGUGAGGAAGAGUCUAAGGUUGAAAAGCGAAAUAGUUUAUCAGAAAACAAGGUGAAGGAUGAAUCAAAAGUUGAUGAGGAUUUGGAGGUUGUUCAAGAGAAGGGUGAUGGUGAUGCAAGACAAGUUGAUGAUGUUAAGGAUUCUGUAGUUGAUUCGGAUAAGAAAAUGACAGUGGAGAGUAAUGUUGGCGAUGGAAAGGAGGGGCGAGAGGAAGUGGAGGAGAAAGAUCUUGAGUGGGAUGAGAUUGAGGAACUUGAUAGAUUUGAUGAAAAGAAGGCAGUGGGGAGUGGUAGUCCAAGCAAAAUUGAUAUACGGAAGCGGUUGAGUUCGGCCGUGGAAGAAGAAGACUUGAGUUGGAAUAUUGAAGAUGAUGAUGAUGAUGAUGAGCUUACCAAGGCUUGA